GCUCUGCAGGUGGCGAAGGCUCGGGACUCCGGAGCUCGCGCCGCGGCUCUUCAGGGUUGCCAAGCGCGCGCCGAAGCGCUCCGCCGACCCGGUUCCCUCUUCGCACCCGGGGCAAAGGCGGCCGUGUCCUGCAUCGGGUCUACUUCGCGAGCACUUUUCCUCCGGAAAGCGGGAAACCGCGGGAUUGGGGGUGUCGGGCCACAAAACAGCUCGCAGAAUCUGGUUCAGACUCUGAAUCCAAAGAUCAGGGUCAAGAGCAGAAAGAAACAUCUAGUGAACAAGAAAAAGCAACCCAAGAACAGCAGCCACAGCAAGUGGAGGAAGAGCACCAGAAUGCAUUAAAACAAUUUUCCAGUGUGGCAGCCCAUAGCACUCCUGUAAAAAAGGAACAGGCCACUGACAGAGAACUUGAAGUUGCUGCCGCAGUGGCAAAGCAGCUGGAAUAUCAGCAGUUUGAAGACGACAAACUCUCCCAAAAAUCAUCCUCAAGCAAACUUUCCCGCUCUCCUUUAAAGAUUGUGAAGAAACCAAAAAAUAUGCAGUGCAAAGUAAUCCUUCUGGAUGGCUCUGAAUAUGGCUGUGAAGUAGAGAAACGCUCAAAGGGCCAGAUUCUUUUUGACAAAGUAUGUGAGCACCUGAACCUCCUGGAAAAAGAUUAUUUUGGACUCACUUACAGAGAUAUGGAAAAUCAGAAGAAUUGGUUGGAUCCAGCUAAGGAAAUUAAAAAGCAGAUCCGAAGUGGUGCUUGGCAUUUCUCGUUCAAUGUUAAAUUCUACCCUCCAGAUCCUGCCCAACUUUCUGAAGAUAUUACAAGGUAUUAUCUCUGCUUGCAGCUGCGAGAUGACAUUGUGUCUGGACGAUUGCCAUGUUCUUUUGUCACACUUGCACUAUUAGGCUCCUAUACAGUGCAGUCAGAGCUUGGAGAUUAUGAUCCUGAUGAAUACGGGAGUGACUAUGUCAGUGAAUUCCGCUUUGCACCAAAUCAUACUAAAGAACUGGAAGAUAAAGUAAUAGAGCUUCAUAAAAGCCAUAGGGGAAUGACACCUGCAGAAGCAGAAAUGCACUUUCUGGAAAAUGCCAAAAAACUGUCCAUGUAUGGAGUAGAUCUACAUCAUGCCAAGGAUUCUGAAGGAGUUGAAAUCAUGUUAGGUGUUUGUGCAAGUGGUCUCUUGAUUUAUCGAGACAGACUCAGAAUAAACAGAUUUGCUUGGCCUAAGGUUCUCAAAAUUUCAUAUAAGAGGAAUAACUUCUACAUCAAAAUUCGACCAGGGGAAUUUGAGCAAUUUGAAAGUACAAUUGGAUUUAAACUACCAAAUCAUCGUGCUGCAAAACGUCUAUGGAAAGUAUGUGUUGAACAUCAUACAUUUUUCAGACUCUUGCUACCAGAAGCUCCUCCAAAAAAAUUCCUCACACUAGGUUCUAAGUUUCGCUACAGUGGAAGGACACAAGCCCAGACAAGAAGAGCUAGUGCAUUGAUUGACCGCCCUGCACCUUACUUUGAACGUUCCUCAAGCAAACGCUACACAAUGUCUCGCAGCCUAGACGGGGCAUCAGUGAAUGAAAACCAUGAAAUGUACAUGAAGGAUUCUAUGUCUGCUGCAGAGGUUGGUACUGGCCAGUACGCUACAACAAAGGGCAUCUCUCAAACAAACUUGAUAACUACUGUGACACCAGAGAAGAAAGCAGAAGAAGAGAAAGACGAUGAACAGCUAAAAAAGAAAGAAGAGGAAGGCACUCCAGUUUCAGCAAUACGGCACGAUACUAAGACUGAUAGUGAAAGGACUGAUACUGCAGCAGAUGGUGAAACCACUGCCACAGAGUCAGAUCAGGAGGAAGAUGUUGAUCUCAAAGCACAGGAACUAGAUAAAACACAGGAAGAUCUGAUAAAACACCAGACCAAUAUAAGUGAGCUGAAACGGACAUUCUUAGAAACCACCACAGAUGCCUCAGGGACCAAUGAAUGGGAGAAGAGACUUUCAACGUCACCAGUCCGGCUUGCUGCAAGACAUGAAGAAGCUCCUAUGAUUGAACCACUUAUGCCUGACGAGACCAAAGAAGAUAAAGAAAAAUUUGAAAAACGCAUAUUUUUACAGAAGGAAAGCACGGCCUUUCUUGAUUCUCAGCGAACAGAAACAAAAACUGAUGAGGAAAAGGAAGCAGAGGAGCAACAGCAGGAGGCCAUCAAGAAGGUUGUGCAGGAAACUUUAAUAGUCAAGGAGAAACAUGUGAUGAGUUUGCAUGCAAGUGAGGAUGCUACUAAGUUGGCUGGCCUUCAGCUGGAUGCUACAGCACAGACAAUAUCUCAUGUGACUUCUAGCAUCAAAGGGAAAGAGGGGUCUGCUGUCACUGAGGGGGCUAAAGAGGAAAAAGCUGCAGCCCAACAGGAAGAAACUGCUACCAUUUCUCAUAAUCUACAAGAGGAGCAGAGUAAAUCAGCCCAUAUUUUGAAUAUGGAAGAAAGCAAACCUCUUUUUGAGUCAUCCAUUGCGAAGACUGAGACAGACAGUUUGGGCAGUGCUUCUCCAGGUGGAGAGAAAUUGGAAAUUUCUAUGAAAGAAGUACCAGUUGUCCAUACUGAAACAAAAACUAUUACAUAUGAAUCAUCUGAGGUGGAUUCUGGUGCUGAUUCUGAACCAGGAGUUCUGAUGAGUGCACAGACCAUUACUUCUGAAACUACUAGUACUACAACUACUACACAUAUCACCAAAACAGUGAAAGGAGGCAUUUCAGAGACAAGAAUUGAAAAGCGAAUUGUGAUAACGGGUGAUGCAGACAUUGACCAUGAUCAGGCGCUGGCUCAGGCAAUUAAAGAGGCCAAAGAGCAGCACCCUGACAUGUCAGUGACCAAAGUAGUGGUACAUAAAGAGACAGAAAUCACACCAGAAGAUGGGGAGGAUUGACUACAGGAUUAGAAUAGCUUUCUUAUGAAUUUCAUCAGUGGGAAUAUCAGAGCCUAUGUGGAGUCUUGGUUCUAACCCAGCUGACUUGCAUCUCUCCAGAGAAAUUUUCAAUGUGGAAGAUUUUGAUUUUAAUUGCUAAUUAAGGACACUGGCAGAAAUUCCCCAGUUACAGCAAUUUGAAUCAGCUUUAAUACUCUAAUAAUUGCAUGAAACAACAAAUUACAAAAAUGCAGCAUUUUUAUUUUCCUAAAUCAACUUUACAUCUAAAUGGCACGUUCAUCAACAGUUAAAACAAUUGUAUUAUGCUACACAUAAAACAGCUCAUGCCUUUACUAUUAUUGAAAGUCUAAACACAGUUUCUUGGUUGGGAUGCGCAAAGUUUUGUUUAUGGGAAAUCAAGAUCACACUACAAUAGUAGAAGCUGUACAGAUACUAUAUAUAUGUUUUAUUACAUUAGAUGUGCCAAUAACAUACUUUAUUCAACAAAUAACUUGAAUCAUAUACUUGUUAUAAUUUGGUUUUACUAUUCUUGUUAUAUAAACAAUGGUGAAUCUCUAAUCUUAUUUAAAUGCUUAUAAAAUAUGCUUUGUUUAUCUGAUUUGGAACCCUUAAUAGCUAAUGAUUUUUAGAAUUGUUAAAGUUAGAAAUCCUGCCAUUACUUUUCUAAAGUCUCAAUCUAUAAAUUUGCAUUGUGAUUAUUUUGAAGAAAAUGUAUAUUUUCCUUAGCAUCUCAGAUGUGUUCAUCUGAAAAUGUGAUUUUUCAAAACCAAGUCAUGUCCACUCUCAGAGAAAGAUGUUUCUUUUGCAAGUCUAGUCAGUGUUCCUUACUUAGAUCAGAGUUAAGCCUUAAACCGUACAGAACACAUUGUUUCAUUUUUAUUAUCACAUCAGUUUAAAGGAAUCCUAUAUUCUUUAUGCUGUCAGUUUCAUCACAAUACAUGCGAAUGUAUGUUUCUGCAUAGUAAAAUAAAAGUGGUAAAUGCACCUAAAUUUGUACUGGUCUGUGUCUAAAAAUAUUUUUGCUACAUAGAAUUCUUUAUCGGCCAAGUGUGAUUGGACGCACAAGGAAUUUGUCUUUAUUUAUAUUAUAUAUAUUAUACUUAAAUGUUGCUAUUAUUUGUGUAAUACCAAAGGCAUAUAUUAUGUUAAAGAGAUGUUCUUUCAUACAAUCUCAAUAUAGUUUAGGUAGGUACAAAUAUAAAGUAAGGGGAAACUGAAAGAAAUUGUAAAAACGAAUUCUGUUUGUUCAAUUUUGUACAUAGAACUUCUAUAUUAUAUCUCUAUGUAAUGUGUUUCAUGUAAGUUUAAUGAGGAACAUGAUUAACUAGAUAUUUUUGAGCACUAGCUUUAAUAAAUACUUUUGUAUUUUAUAUUCUAAAUCUAGCCAAAAUGCUCCAAAUGCUAUAUUGGAAGAA